AUGUCCCGCCAAUCACAUUCUAAAAAUCAUUCUCUUGAUUCGUGCCCGGUUACCCCACGCUCACACAAGCACUCUUCCGAUGACAUUUCACUCCAAGACAGUUCUAUCGUAAAGAUGUGCAUUGAUGCAACCGAUAAAGUUCUCAGUUCCGAAAUGCCUCCAUCUAAGCUUUUGAAAACAUUUUCAAAAACAAAAAUAAAAAUUUUAGAUUCAAAUUUUUCAAAAGCUUUUCUUCGAAUUUUUGUUUUUUCGUUGCCACCUGACAAUCGUCUUAUUCUCUUCAAACUGACUGACUUGGUCCAAAACGGGAAAAUCGACAAAACUACUCUCGGCAGACUUUUAUUUGGAAAAACCUUCUUAGAAGAGACUUGUUUGACCUUUGUAAACACUUUAUUGGCUAAGAAGGAGGAAGUUUUCUUAUUAAAUGGCGACCCGGCGUAUACCGAAGACGGAAAAAUUAUUUCAGCAAGUCCAAGUGCUUUAUGGGAUUAUCAAAUGGCUAAUAGUGCAGAGGAACCACUCUUCUUUCAAUACGUGGCAAACCUCUUCUCAGAUGAUGAUUUUGUGAUUGAAAAAGCCAGAACGGAGGUCGUAAGAUUGAAAGCCGUUUCGACACAAGAAUAUGAAAAGUUCGAGAUUUUAAUCAGAUUCCUGAGAUUGAAAAAAAUCAUUAUCUCACUUCUCAAAAAAGGGAUCGACGGAACGAAGAGAAAUAGAAUACUGGAAUUUUUCAAUGAGAAAAACUUCCCUAAAGGACUUUUAAGGGAAUUUGAUGAUUCUUUUGCAUUAAACCAAAGUCAAAAGGUGUCUGAAAUUGUACGAAAAAGAAAUUUAAAGUUGCGGAUUAUAAGUAACGAAAACGUGCCUUCCUCCAUUGAGCGAGUUUACGUCAAAAAACUCAAAAAAUACAUUUUAAGUUCCACAUUGCCAAAAUCACAACCCAUCCAAAAAUCAAAAGCAGAAACUCAAAAUGGUUUUGAGUUUGGAGCAGGUAGUCCUCUAAAAAGCGAAUCAUUCUGGUUGAUUACGAAGGAGAAUGUUGAGACUGUCGUGGAGCAACUUGCUCUUGCUGACCAACAGAGACUUUCUGAAAUACCUGUUUUUGAAUUUUGUUCGGAGUUGAUAGAAGAGAGUCCGAGUGUUUGUCAGUACAUCGAAUGGCUGAAGUGUCUUGAGCAGAAGUUUAUGAAACUUGGUAAUGAGAAAGAUGUACUGAAUUGGUUAGUUAAAUUAGCGUGGAGUAUGUCUAAGAUCUACGAAAUGAAUCUCUCGCAUUUACUCUUUUCUAUUCUUGUGAGGAAGUCCAUUGAAGUCCAAGACUUCACAUCCCUUUUAAAGAAGAAUAGAAAGAUCGAAUAUGCCAAUUUGUACACACUCUUCUCAAUUCAAAAGAACUGUGGGAUCUAUCGGAAUCACAUGAAAUUGGUCAGCGAGAACGUGUCUAAAAUCCUUGUCUUUACUAUUUGGCUCAAGGACAUGAUUGGCAUCAAACAAAUUCCAAUCUGGGAAGAAAACUCACACAACGUCGUUUGUUAUAAUCGCGUCAAGCUUCAAACGGAGAAGAUUCAUGAACUAGUAAAAUGUAUUAAUACGCCUUUUCCUUACUAUCGGGUCGACAAGUUUAAUAUGUAUUUCCAGUGA